AUGGCUAAUGUGUACUUCAACUUUCAACGACAGGACGAGAAGAAGCUGAUCGAUAUACUGUCGAGCCUACUGAAGCAGUUGUUGCAACUGCGAAAUUCUAUAUAUCAUGAGAACCGGCGAACACGGUCUCCAGCUUAUGAAAUCCUCAAAGAAUUGCAUCCUGUCAUCAGAUCGUAUUCCAAAGUGCUCAUAGUCAUUAAUGCCUUGGACGAGUCCCCACUUUAA